CUUCUCUCUGUCUUUAUAUUCCUCUCUUUCUUUCGUCCAAGGUUUCUCUGUCUUUGUUUCUUCAAUUUCUUCCAAUAUAGCUACAGAGGAAGCUCUAGCCUUGCCUUUCAAGAAUCUGGAGUUCUUGGUGCUUGUCUUCCUCUGUCCAUGCAUGCAUUUACUCUUGUUUUCCUCCUGUUCUAUCCUUUUUUUUUCUUUGAUGAGUUAGUCUUUGCAUGAGGCAGAGGGAAAGGUGCUUCUUGUUGGGUUCUUUUCAUCAUCCCCUGUUUUGGGCUUUCUUUUGGGUUGUAGUUUGUUUUUCUACUUACCUUGCCUUGGGGUGUGGAGAAGAUGGUGAGUUCUCCACUUGACAAAUCAACUUUUAUGUCCGCAAGUAAAGAAUUAAGUUAUGUACAGUUGUUGCAGCCUUUACUCUUUCCUUCAGUGUAAAGGCAGACAAAGAUAACUAUCUUUGGACAAGUGCAAGAAGCCAACAGCUCUCUGAUCACAUCAUUUCCUUUCUUUCUCUGAUUUCAGGCGACCCCUGUUUCAUAUUAUCCCUCUUCACUACCCAAGUGAGCUCAUGCAUACGUAGUUCACUAGAAGUCUCUUCUGCGUUUCCUUCUUCCAUUCCAAUCCAUCUCCUCUUCUGCUGAGUUUGUUCUCCUUUAAUUUUGAUCAUCUCUGUAUUGUCUCAAUUCUUCUGGGUAAAGAACUUGAAACGUUUCAGUCAUGGAAAAGCUGAACUCCAAGUUGUACCUGCAGAACUGUUACAUAAUCCAAGAGAAUGAACGGCUAAGGAAGAAAGCUCAGCUUCUCAACCAGGAGAAUCAGGCCCUCUUAUCUGAGCUGAAGCAGAAGCACUCCAAAGGAAGCUCCAAAUCUAACCCGAAUACUCUUCCUGACCUCAACCUUUGCUCCACCUCUACCUCUAAUCCUGCUAAUUCUAGCAAGCCCUGAUCCUAUGAUGAAUGUGAAGGCUUUACUUACACCCCUUUUUUUGUGUAAAGUCCCAUAGAAGUCAAGAAAGUAGCAGACCCAGUUUCAGUUUCAGUUUCAGUUUCAGGGCAGUAGCAUCUUUGUUCAGUCACUGUACUUACCUACCCAUUUAUCCACCUUUCUACUUAGAUUAGAUCCUAAUAGUUAGAGUUGAGAAAAUGAAGUUCUGUGAACUACAAAGCUGUAUCAGAAAGAAAGAAAGGAAUUAUAAUCUUCUAUAGUUUAUAAUCUCAAGUUUCUGAUUAUUCCUUU